CCAACUGCCAACAGCUGUUGCUCAUUUUCACAAUGGUCCCGCCCAUACAGUGCUGAGUCUGGCAGCUCUGAACAGCAGAUGACAAGCAGAGCUCUGUUAAAGGAAGAGGUCUGAAGCGAGGACAGGAAACUCGGUACCAAGGUCUGCUGCUGCUGAACCGGGCCAGAGCCAGACCUCGUCCUCAUCUUCCAUCUUCUGCCUCCUGAUGCUCCGGCGGACACACAGCGAAGCUCGGCGAGCGAACGCAGCCUGCUGGCUGGGACAACUGGCACCAUGAUGGCGCUGCUGAGGAAGUUUUUAGUCGCUGUGGCAGUGGUCAGCUGCAUACUAUGCAUCUAUGUCCUGUUCUUGAACUUAGAGUGGACCUCGCCUGCUGUCACACCUGUCAGGAUUCAAGAUGUCACCCAGAGGACACACAGCAGUUCAGAAGAACCCAAAGAGCUUCAUGGCAGACAGAACAACCACUACCAGCUACUGGUGUCCACCCCCCCCACCAAAGUUCUACCAGUCCAAAAUUUAAAGACUCAAGCAGCCACUGUGCUCCAAGUGCACAAACAAGUACAGGGCAAUGUCUCAACUUCCCCUUUCUGGUCUGACAAGCUGAAGAAAGCAAACAAGUCCACAGGAGUUCAGCCCACAAAGCCAGCCGGACCCAAAGAUCCGCCUUACGUUGGAGACUUUUACAUGAGUGAAAAUGUCUCUCUGCACACGCUCUGUCCUGACGGCAUCCGAGCCCGAGUCAAGAGCUCAGAGUUUGGGAAGAGAUUUCUGGAGCAGAUUCCAGUCGUACAGUCGCUCAAACAUGCAGCUCCUGAGCAGUACCAGCGACUGAGACGUUAUCCAGGAACUCACGGCUGGGGAGGCGUCGACUUCAAAACUCUGGUGGAAACUCUGUCUGUCCUCAACACGUCUGCCAACCAGGAGAUGCUGGACGACUGGCAGAGCCGCAGCAACGACGCACGCUGCAGGCGCUGCGCUGUGGUUGGAAACGGAGGGAUUCUGAAUGGCUCAAAGAAAGGCAAGGAGAUAGACGAUCACCACUACAUCUUCAGGACCAACGGCGCUGUCAUCAAGGGCUUCGAGGAGGACGUGGGCUCCCGGACCACUCACUACACCUUCUCCACAAACACACUGAUGAACUCCAUGAGGAGCUACUCCAGAUAUGGCUACAGGAGGCCUCCUGUGUCCAAGGAAACCAGAUACGUCUUCCUCCCAGAUCAUGACCGGGAUUACCUGCUGGCAAAGGCAGCGGCAACACACACCUUGGUGGAGAGGGGGGCUGAGAGGAACAGAGAUCCGAAAAAGUACUUUGGAGAGGACGUGUCUGCAGAAAAGCUCAAGAUCUACCAUCCUGAUUUUGUCCGUUACCUCAGGAACAGAUUCCUUCGAUCCAGCAUUCUCAAAGGAAGAUACAGGAACAUUUACCGUCCAUCUACGGGUGCUGUCAUGCUGCUGGCUGCACUGCACUCCUGCGAUCAGGUGAAUGCAUAUGGCUUCAUGACCCCUGACUACAGGAACUACUCUGAUCACUACUUUGACACCAAGUACCAUCCAGUAGCCUUCUUUGCCAACCAUGACUUUCGGCUGGAGAUGAAACUGUGGCAGCAGCUGCACAAAGCGGGCCUGAUAAAUCUCUACAUGCGCCAACGAUGACCUCAUGACUGCAUCUGGGCGUGGUACCAUGAGGGAACAUUAAGGACAAAAGGUCUGACGACUGCUGGAGAGAGCAUGUCAAAGAUGGUUUUCCUGUAGGGAAUUUAGUUUGAAACAGCUGCUGUCUCUUUCUUUUCAGGAUGAAGAUUUAGGCUUGUUAACUAUUUAAUAUAAAGAUAUUUAUUUAUGCUGUAGGCUGGGAUUUGUGGGUUCAAAUUAGGUCCUGGGUACACAAAAAUGUCUGAAAUCGGUGAAAAAUGUUGUUGAAAGUGUGUUCAGUUUAAAACUUGCUGGAAUGAAGAUGGAUGAACCACUAAUGUCUAGCGUAUUUACUGCUGACACACUGCUGCUAACAUUGUCUUGACCUUUUUGGACCCCAUUUGUGAAGUUCUGCUGGAUUGAGCCUCAAUGUUAAUGACAGUGAUUGGAUCUGCACACAGCUCAAAUCUGUUCAAAAUAACGUGUCUGGAAAGUGUUUUAAACAUAUUAGACUAAGAACAGAGUGACACUCAAAGAGGAGGUGGUAUACGUUUUAAAGAAGAUGUGCACCUUCACUGGAAAGGUUAAGUAUGGGGUGGUGGGGGUUGUUAAAGAAGUUUUCUCUUUUUAUGAUUGCUUUCGUCUCAUUUGUUUAACUGGUUUCUCUACAUUUGUUUUUAAAACUUUACCAUGGCUUUAGCAGCGUCUGUUAGUGUGACACAUCAUUCAGAAAGUUGCCUCCAGACGUUUUUCCUUUGUAAGGGUGCGGAGCUCUUUUCAAAUGGCAUUCUGAGGUUUAAAUUCUAGUUUCCAUCAGGAAGUUUUGGCCUGUUUUUGUCUUGACAGGGGAAACCGUUCAGAAAUCGGACUUAGUUUCAAUAUGAGGGAAAGGAAACGUAAUCAGACGGAUGUUCUUCUCCUGUUCUCAUGAUGGUGUCUGAAGAGCCCUCACAGAUCAUUUGUUAGGUUUAUGUGAUAGCUCUGCAGUUCUUCAAUAAAAGAAAUGAACCUGAA